AUGCCCAUGAUGGACUGUGAGUCUGGACGCUUGUCCGUCUCUGGGAAGAAGGACGUCGGCGAGUGUGUUUACAUCACCUUUAGUUUAGUGUCGUUGCGGUUGCAGGCCGAUGAGGACUGGAAACGACCCUAUUCGCGAGAGGAUUCUCCAUUGCAGGGUUUGACAUCUGUCGUCUCCGCUUCCGCGCUUCAACCAUCCAGUCACUACGAACCGAAUGCACGAUCUGUCAUGUCAGUCUCCAUAUCCAUCUUUGUUUGGCCCCCGCCGUUCCGUGCGGAGAAGCUGUCGAAAGCCGGCCGAUCCACUGGUUCAUCGGUCAAGUCAGUCGCGUGGCAUGGCAUCGCGUCUGUUGAUGCAACAAAUGAUUGUUUAACGUGGUUUUGGCGAGCUGAUGUAAGGGUGUCUUUUGAGAUGCUUGCCAUGCAAGGGCAUGUUCUCCCGCCUUCUCAAGCACGUUCUUUCGCUUCGUCGGCCAUGCGCAAGUGA